AAUUAAAAAGUCAGUGAGAACAAAAACUACGAAUGAAAAGUGAUUUCGGUGAGAAAAAUUGAAGCCUUUUCAUGUGAUUUUGUGAAUUUGUGUUUGUGCAAAAUUCAUUGUAGACUGUGUUUGUAUAGUAUUUUUGGAGCAAAGUUCCCAAAAAAACGUACCGCUUGGUAGUAAUAUGAGUAAUGUUACCAACCAAAAUGGAACAGGUCUAGAGCAGCAGCUUGCUGGUCUGGACUUGCAGCCCCAGGCUCCUAAGAGUGCUGGCCGCUACAUUCCCCCGCAUCAGCGUAGGCAGUUGCAGGCCAACAACUCUCAAGGAGAGGAGUCUAAGCGCUCAAGCUUAGACGCUCGUCCUAACGACUCACGGGACAACCGUUCAUCAUUCGGAAAUAACUCUAGAGGGAACGACCGUGGUGGUCGGCGCGACGACCGCGAGCGUGACCGCGACCGUGACUACGAUCGCGGCUACGAUUCGCGAUACCCGCGCAGGGACCGCGGUACGUCACCAUCCAGUCAAGAUCGUCGUGAUGCUGGAUACCAAAAUGGAGAUUCAGAACGCUGGGCCGAGCCCAGCUGGCCAGACCGAAAGGGGACAUCGGGUGGCCGAGAGAAGGACAGAGAGCCUCCGCGACGUGACGAGGAGGCGCUGGAGCCCCCACAGCCGCGCAACGACCGCUGGAAGGAGCCGGAGCCCCGCGUUGAGGAACGCAACUCCCGCUGGGCAUCAGACGACGUUCGUCGCACCGCAUCUCGUCGCGAUGAGAACGACUGGACAAUCCCGCUAUCUCGCGACGAGCGGCAGGAGUUGGAGCUCUUUGGCACUGGCAACACAGGCAUCAACUUCUCCAAAUAUGAGGAUAUACCGGUUGAGGCCAGCGGAGAACGCGUACCGGACUACAUUACAAGCUUUGAGGACGUUAACCUGACGGAAAUAAUGCGUUCGAACAUUGCGCUCGCGCGAUACGACAAGCCGACGCCGGUGCAGAAGUACGCGAUUCCCAUAGUGCUGGGCCACCGCGACGUGAUGGCCUGCGCGCAAACCGGCUCCGGCAAGACGGCCGCCUUCCUCGUGCCCAUACUCAACCAGAUCUACGAGGCGGGACCCGUCAAACAUAUGGGGCCAUACCAAAGGCGCAGCAAGCAAUAUCCGCUGGGUCUGGUGCUGGCGCCGACCCGCGAGCUCGCCACUCAGAUUUACGACGAGGCCCGCAAGUUCGCCUACCGCUCCCGAGUGCGCCCAUGUGUCGUGUAUGGCGGGUCUCCCAUCCACGAGCAAAUCCGCGAGCUGGAGCGCGGCUGCCACCUGCUGGUGGCGACGCCGGGGCGGCUGGUGGACAUGCUGGCGCGCGGCCGCGUGGCGCUCGACCACUGCCGGCAUCUCGUGCUGGACGAGGCUGACCGCAUGCUGGACAUGGGUUUCGAGCCCCAGAUCCGCAAGAUCGUGGAAAGCCACACGAUGCCGAAGACCGGCGAACGGCAGACGCUCAUGUUCUCCGCGACCUUCCCCAAGCAGAUCCAAGUGCUGGCGCAGGACUUCUUGCACAACUACGUGUUCCUUGCGGUCGGACGCGUCGGCUCCACGUCUGAGAAUAUCACUCAGAAGGUGGUGUGGGUGGAGGAGUGCGACAAGCGUUCCUUCCUGCUGGACCUGCUUAACGCGUCCAACCUGAUGCAGACUGCGCGUCCCGAGGAGGACCAACUCAUUCUUGUGUUCGUAGAAACUAAAAAAGGUGCGGACCAGCUGGAGGAGUACCUGGACACGCAGGGCUACCCGGUGACGUCCAUCCACGGCGACCGCACGCAGCGCGAGCGCGAGGAGGCGCUGCGCCGCUUCCGCACCGGGCAGACGCCCAUCCUCGUCGCCACCGCCGUCGCCGCCAGGGGUCUGGACAUCCCGCACGUGCGCCACGUGAUCAACUUCGACCUGCCGUCGGACGUGGAGGAGUACGUGCACAGGAUCGGGCGCACCGGGCGCAUGGGGAACCUGGGCGUCGCCACCUCCUUCUUCAACGACACCAACCGCGGCCUCGCGCGCGACCUCGUCGAGUUGCUUGUUGAGGCCAAGCAGGACGUGCCUAAUUGGCUGACGAGCACGGCGGCUGACGGUCGCCUGGGCGGCGGCGGGCGGCGGGCGGGGUCGCGGUCGGGUGGGGGUGCGCGGUUCGGAGGUGGCGGCGCCUUUGGCGCCCGCGACUUCCGCACACAGCCGCGCCAGGCGCCGCGCUCCGCUGGACCCGGCUCCAUGGGCUCAGGUUACGGCGGCUACGGCGGCGGGUCGUACGGCGGCAACUACGGCGGGUCGUACGGCGGCGGCCAGAGCAGCGGCGGCCCCGACUGGUGGGACUCCUAGACACGCCCCUCCCGCGCCCGCCUCUCCACCUCACCCCGCCCACACCUCCGCCGAUAGAACAUACUUCGAUCCUCUCAGUCUCCACGUAAACUCUGUUUCGACGCCGCCGGAAAAUCGGACGAUGACCCCCAAAUGCUUGUGUCUCUCUGUCGUAGAAAAUAGGUGUCGCAAUACAAUGGCGGUCAAUGGACUUGUGAAAACUUCAUGCUAUGUAUUAUAUUUUUUACUUGUCCGCUUUUCCACCAGCGUUAGAAACAGAUUUUAGAGCAAAUUACUAAAUGUUAUGGAUAAGUCUCUGAACUUAUAUUUAUUCACACGUAUGGCGCUUUCCCAGUCAUGGCGUUCCUCUAUUUCAAUUGACAAGAUCGAGUAUGCUCUACCGACUCGGGCCAAUACCACUGGAUGCAACACUUGACUAUUUUAGUCGAUUCUUUGACAUAUAUAUUUUUUUGUAAAUCCUUUAUUGUACAUAAAUGAAGUGACAUACACAACGGAGUUGCAUAAACAUUUUAUAAAGUUUACUAAGUCACAUGGUGACCCAUUUGUUUGUUUGUGCAUUGAGUCCAGCGAUAUCCUCGUUUGAAAAUAUUUAAAUGAAUAAUAUUUUUACCUAUUUCUGAAAAUCGAUCACGUUGCGUAUAUUCUGCAAAAAAGUAUUAACCUAUGAUUUUGAAUAACAAAUUUAUCUCAAAAGAGGGUACCGCUAAGCUUAUGGAAACCUUUUAAAUUUUAAAUACAUUUCCACAAGCCAAACCUAAAAAUCACAUAGUCAAGAAGUGUCACGUAUUGUAUGUCAAGCUUAUAAUAUGAAAGAGUUUAUUUCCAGUGAAAUACUUUAUUAGUUUUAACUUAUAAUUUUCCUAGGACGAUACGAUCUCUUGAUGCGUUUAUUGCGCUAUAAAGAUGAGGCUAGUGUUACCUCUGGGGCGACCAGUGGUCUUAGUCUUAGCUUAAACGAGAGAACCUUGAGAAAUUUGCUGUGGCCACCGACGGCGACUUCCUUAUCAUGUAUACUUAACGAUGUUGUUGCCUUUUUAUUUGGCCCAUUCGAUGAAUGGUAGCGAUGUUCCUCGUGAACGUUAGUCUUAAGUAGCCAUAGCAUACGUUAGUUGACUCGCCGUGUUUAGUGGCGCGAUCGGCGAAUGGUCCUAGUUUAAUUUUUAAUUCGCGAACUGAGAAUCGGACUGAAAUUGCCCCGUGAUUAUUUGAUACGAUAAUGUUAAUUGAUGGAGAGCGGUGCGACUGAGAGAUGCGAGGGCGGGUUCGGCGCCGAAUCUCAUGCACGCGCCGGCCCGCGGUUAUGUUUCUUAAUGUUUACAUAGUUUCACCAUGGGCAUGCUUUUAACAAAUGUCUGUGAAUAUACCGCGAAGCCCACGGCUCGCGAUCAUUAGUGGAGUUAACGUUAGAGUAAAUUAUGAUUAUGACAAUCACCCGUUUCGUUCGCGUCACUCCCGCCGUGACACACACCCGUUUUAUCAUUUUAGUAUCUAUUAUGUGAGGUAGUCGAUUAAUAUAGAAAUAUUUUUGAUGUUCGAUCUGUAUCGUGAUUACUUAAUGAAUGAUGUAAUGUGUAUUUUCGAAUUUCUAUUUUCUGGUCUCAUUGCUGACUCGUUCCUGACACUGGAAUUUUGAAGCAUUUACGCACUCUUAAAAUCGAUGUAGCUAUUGAUGAAGUAGAUUUAGAAAUUGAAAAGUACCGAUACAGUAUCAUAGUAAUAACUAAUAACUAAAUUAUCUCCGUAGAAAUCCAAUAUGUAACAUCUGUCAUCAACGUGGUCUAUAAUUUGAAUGUGAAUUUACCAAUAAAAAAAUUAAAGAAACGAGA